GCAGCGGGUCGGGAGCCGGGGAGGAUGGGAGGAGGAGGAGGAGGAGGAUGGAGCCGGCCCGGCUCCGCCGAGAGAUCAGGGCAAAGUAUGAAUCGCACAUCACCCGAAAUCAGAUAAAGACCGUCAGCUCAGCAAGGACGCAGGCAGAAGAAGGUGCAAGUAAAAGAAUGGACAAAGAUGCAGAAGCACUAAAGGCAGCCAGAGCAGAACUGUGCGAGGCCAGACGGCAGUGGCACCACAUGCAGAUCGAAAUCGAGUCUCUCCAUGCCGUGGAAAAGGGUUUGGAACGUUCGUUGCGGGCCACGGAGCAGCAGUACCACAUGCAGCUACAGAAUUUAGAAGGUGAGAUUGAAUGUUUGGAGAAAGAGCUGCUGGAAGUGAGAAGGGGAAUUGAGAAACAGCUUCGAGAGCACGAAAUUCUCCUGAACACGAGGAUGAAGCUGGAGGAGGAGAUAGCGACGUACCGCAGUCUGCUGGAGCAAGAAGAGAGCAGGUUCCGUUGCUCGAUACCUGCCCAGAAGGACGACAAAAAGCCCAGCACCAGCAAGAUCACCUUUAUGCUGCCUCCAGAUGGUGUAAAGAAGCACGAGCCAGAGAAGGUGGAACUGAUGACAAAACAAGCCAUCCUAGACGGAAACAUCAUGAAGGAAAGUGCUGAAGCUCAUGGCACUGUACAGACAGAAAAAGUGGAUGAAGUCAUCAAGGAAUGGGAAGGCUCUUUCUUUAAGGACAACCCUCGCUUAAGGAAAAAGUCCGUCUCCCUGCGUUUCGACCUCCACCUGGCAGCCACGGACGAGGGGUGCCUGCACACCAAAAAGAAAACCCUCCCCGACAUCGAGGUCAGGCUGGUGAUGAGGAGAUCCUGCAGCAUCCCCUCCAUCAAACCUUAACCCCCAGCCCGUUCCCCCCCGGAGAGCAUCCCCACCAGGCUCUGGGAGCAAACUGCAGAUGGACUCGCACAGCCGCUGUCUGCUACAACCACACCUUACCGGGCACGUGGAGCCGCUCGAUAAAACCAUACAAGUCCUCUAAAAAAAAAAAGAAAAACCAGGGAGAAGAGCAAGGCAGUUCAGAUUCCAAGAAACCCGACUUCUACUGGUUUUAUACUCUGGGUGCAGCCCUUUCAUUUCCUCAUGGUUGUUGUUUUUUUUGUAGAAUUUCACCAAAUACGACGAAAUUUAAACGAGGACUUUAUGGUUUGACGCGUUCUGCUUUUGUAAAGGAGAACUUGUCUUCUCUUUCUGGAAAUGAGAAAUGCGUAUUUCACUCUCUUACAUAUUCAAUAUUGCAUAUAUAUAAUGACUGGGGAAUCCUUGCAAUAAUUUAUAUCACAUCUGUCAUAAUUCUAGAAAUAUCUUUUAAAAUAAUUCUUUUUAACAGCGAAACUUACAUAGAAAGAUGCUCUUAAAACACAUGAACUACUAACAAUUUUCUUUUAAAAGUGGCUGGUAUUUUUAAAUUCAUUUUUUUAGGCAACAACUGAGCAAGAAUGUCUUUCCCUUGCAUCCUUAUACACCCAUUUUUCCAAGUGUUAUUACAAUCCAGUAACACUUUAGCUGUGCCAUUCCCCUGGUUUUGAAGCAGUGAUUUCCCCCUGAAAAAAAUCGAUCAUUCUCUUAUGUGUCUGCACACACCUGUCCUACAACUCUCUUAGCCAGGGCAAGUGAAAUCACCCUCUAAUUGUUCGAAUGUGAGGAGUCAACCAAGCAUUUUACCGCCGGUAUUCCGGUAAUUUUGUUUAUUGUAACAGUGCGCGUUAACAUAUCUUCAACAAACUCCUCUUCUGAGAAACAUUAGGGGACUCUCUCCAUCCGUUGCAAGUUACUGUUACACCAGGGUACAACUGUUAUUCCUUCAAAUUAACUGGGCAAAA